UCUACGGCACGCAGACGCGCGCGCACGUGAAUCGUCACUCUUUACUGGCUAGUGGCUACUAGGAAUCAUUGAGUGCUGACAAGUGGUUUCCUUCACAUUUUUAUUUGGCGAGGAUUAAGCCUCAGUACAGAAUGGCAGACACAAAGCGUCUCGCGUUCUCUAUAAUCCAGUUUCUUCAUGAUCAGAUGGCCUGUGGAAGUCUGUCAUCGGACGCUCAAGAAAGCUUAGAAGUCGCCAUCCAGUGCCUGGAGACAGCGUUUGGUGUAUCUGUGGAAGAUCAGACCUUAGCAGUCAGUCAAACUCUGCCAGAGAUAUUUGCAUCAGCUACAAAAGAGACAGGUGCACCGCAAGUCAAUACCAGUUCGUCCUGUGAUUCACCUACUGCGGAGCAGUUAGCAGAGGCUGAAUGUCUUAAAACCGAUGGCAAUGAUCAGAUGAGGGUAGAAAACUUUAGCGCAGCCGUGGAGUUUUACUCUAAAGCCAUCCAGCUUAAUCCUCAAAAUGCAGUGUACUACUGCAACAGAGCUGCAGCCAACAGCAAACUGGGAAACUAUGCUGGAGCUGUUCAAGACUGUGAACGUGCCAUUGGGAUUGAUCCAAACUACAGUAAAGCAUACGGACGCAUGGGGCUUGCUCUUGCGAGUUUAAACAAGUACUCGGAGGCAGUGAGCUUCUACCAAAAAGCAUUGGAGUUGGAUCCUGACAAUGGCACUUACAAAGACAACCUGCUAAUAGCAGAACAGAAAAUGAAGGACACACAGUCCAGCCCAGCAGGGGCUAUGGGUGGUGUUGACCUGGCUGGUUUGCUGAGUAAUCCUGGUUUUAUGAACAUGGCAUCUAAUUUAAUGAACAACCCACAAGUGCAGCAACUGAUGUCAGGUAUGAUAUCCGGGCCCUACGCUCCUAUGGGAGGUGCGACCUCCCCCGUAGGAGCUGCUGGACCUGCACCUAUACCUGGACCUGGACCUGGGCCUGUACCCGUAGUUGGAUCUGGAGCAGGUGCCACUGACCUCUCUGGCCUCAUACAGGCCGGUCAACAGUUUGCACAGCAAAUGCAGCAGCAGAACCCAGAGCUUAUUGAGCAGUUACGAAGCCAAAUGCGCAGUCGACCACCCAGCAGUGCUGGCAGCGAAGAACCCUGACCACAUAAUGUGGUACAACACAUCAUCUAGUAAAAAAUUUGGCCUGGUGGACCUAGGGAAGACGGGCUACUUUUUUAUUUUUUAAGAUAUACCUUGUUCCUACAACUCCAGGGAUAAGACAUUUGAUUCAUCACAAUAAAAACUGCAUGUGCGCCCACCGCCCCACAUAGAACUACCUGUUGGGAGAAGUCAUGAGCACACAUUUACACAUCAUGUAUGGGCGCAGCCAGGACAGAUGUCAGAUCAAACGUACUUUAGGUUAACACUAUAUUCCUGAGUACCGGAUUGUGAUUGUUAUCGAAUCACAGCAUUGUGGACAUACGUGCAAAUUUGCUGUGUUGUUAACACCUCGGUGAUUCACCUGUACUGGUCUGUGACUAAAACUGAACAGCAUUGACAAGGAUGGUGUGCAAUCUCAACAUCGACAAUUAAAGGUCCGACUUCAUAUAGGACUUAUGUACUUCUGUUCUCUGCGUUUGAAGUUUCCUGUUUCAAAACUGCUCAUGCCUACUACUAUUAAAGAAAUGAAAUUUGUUAAAA